AUGGGUCUGCUAGCCCUUGGAACCGCUUUAGAAUGGCCAGAGGCCAAGAAGAAGGCCGACCAGGUCCGCCAGUGGGGAAUUGAGCAACUACUGGCAAACUGGCGACGAGCCAGAGGCAAAGAACGAGACGCCCUACUCUGGGGUGAUGAGGUCGAAUACCUCGUGGUGGCGCUUGACGAUACAGCCAAGAAAGCACGGUUAUCUCUGGCUCAGGCUGAAAUCCUCAAGUCCCUCGCGCGGGAUGAGGCUCUAUGGAAAUCGGGUGGCUGCAAGAAUCGCGAUAAUGGGGACCACGAUGGCGAGGAGCCUCCGCAUUUCCACCCCGAAUUCGGACGUUUCAUGCUCGAGGCCACACCAGGGCGUCCGUGGGGUAUUGGAUUCAAGGAUCUGUUAAAAGUGGAAUCCAACAUGAAGUGGAGACGGGAAAUUGCCAAGGCACACAUGGCACCAAACGAGUCGCCCAUAACCCUGACGACAUUCCCUCGAUUGGGAACCAAGGACGAUUACAUUCAGCCAUAUUAUCCCCCUUCAGGACCAGCACUCCGUUCGCAAUUCGUCCCCGAUGAGAUCGCAAACCCCCAUAUCCGAUUCCCGACAUUGGCAGCCAACAUCCGAUCUCGGAGAGGGCGCAAGGUGGAAUUGAACGUGCCCGUGUAUAAAGAUCUGAAUACACCCUCGCCAUUCAAGGAUCCUACUGUGGAUUAUAACCUUCACCAAUGGCCCGAGGAUGACGAUGUCCGCAACGGUGCCGCGAAGGACGACCACGUUUAUAUGGAUGCCAUGGCUUUUGGAAUGGGUAGUUGCUGCUUGCAGAUCACCUUCCAGGCAAAGAAUAUGACUGAAGGCAGGAGGCUUUAUGACCAAUUGAGCCCUCUGGGUCCGAUCCUGCUCGCUCUCACUGCCGCCACGCCGAUCUACAAGGGAUUCCUCGUGGAUACCGACGUGCGAUGGAACCAGAUCAGCAGGGCCGUGGAUGAUAGAACUCCCGAAGAACUUGGUGAAGCUCCUCUCAAAAACGAUCGGUGGAGAAUUCCCAAAUCUCGGUACGCUUCAAACUCAACUUAUAUCUCUCAAGAUCCUCGACUACGGAAGGAAUACCUCGACCCGGAUCUGGUUGUUGAUGAGAACAUUAAGAAACGAUUGAUGGACGGAGGAAUGGACGAGCUACUAGCCACACACUUCGCACACCUCUUCAUCCGCGACCCAUUGGUUGUCUUCUCCGAAGACUUGGAAGAGCUCGACCUUAACAAAGGAGAUCACUUUGAGAACCUCCAGUCCACAAAUUGGCAGCAUAUGCGAUUCAAGCCCCCGCCGUCUGAAAGCGACAUUGGCUGGCGUGUCGAGUUCCGGUCUAUGGAGAUCCAAAUCACAGAUUUUGAGAACGCGGCGUUCAGCAUCUUCAUUGUGCUAAUUACCCGAGCCAUCCUGAGCUUCGACCUCAACUUCUAUAUUCCCAUCCCACUGACCACCGAGAACAUGGAGACGGCCCAUGCUCGCAACGCCGUUCUUGACAAGAAGUUCUACUUCCGCAAGGAUCCAUUCCCACGACGAGUUCCCAAAACCCCCCAACUGUCAACCAACAACAGCACGUUCUCAUCUACUACCUCCUCGGCCGUCAACACCCCGCCACCCUCCCCUCCUCUGGGCCCUGUCGAAACCGAGUACGAACUGAUGAGCAUCUCUGACAUCGUUAAUGGUUGCCCCGACGGCUCAUUCCCUGGACUCAUCCCACUCGUGGAGUCGUAUCUUAACAGCGUCAAUGUGGACGUCGAGACACGAUGUUUCCUGGCCAGCUACCUCGAUCUCAUCCAAAAACGCGCCGACGGCACCCUCUGGACUGGUGCGCGGUGGAUCCGCGAGUUUGUCGCGAAGCACCCAAGCUAUAAGCAGGACAGUGUGGUAUCCGAGGAAAUCACCUUUGACCUCGUCAAGGCUGUGGAAGAAAUGACCGCCAAAGAGGGGCGAAAUGGCAGUGUCGGAUGGGAACUUCUUCGGGGCAAAAAAAAGAAUUAG